AUGGGUUCGUUCCCUCAGCAAUUCUUUUCGGUGACCAUCACAUCGCUAUGCAUUUCCGGCAUUGGAAUGGUCUUUGGGGGCCUGGCGACUGACCUCUCACCCAUUGUAUGGCUGAUUCCCUUGGUCAUUGCCCUCACUUUCAUUUACAACACUUACAUCCUUCUUACCGGAAGUUCGGAGUCGUACAACAGCCCCCGACUCUACUCUGCGCUUACUGUUGGAGUGGCCUACUUUCUUACCUUUCUUUGGACCAUCUCCCUUGCGGCAUCUAUUACCAUGACAUGCCUGCUUUUAACCAACAUCAUCAAUACCCCCGAUGAAAACAUCAAAAUCUGGAUGCCCAUUGUAUCAGGCGUCUCAUUACUGCAAUCCGUCCUUCUGGGAUUUAUGGCCGUCCGAUCACAUCAAGAAAUGAAGCAAAUUCGGUAUAAGAAUAAAUGGAAGUGGAGAAUCGAUAUCCAAGGGGUGAAUAACUCUCAGUGGAGGUUGGUGGUUGCGAUUUCUCUCAUUCUUCUUGUACUGACCCGCUCUGCGCAAUAG